AUGGCAAUCGAGCUUGCGUUUGGGUUCUCCUUCAACAAUGUCCUGACACGUCUACCAUAUGGUGCUGGGCUCGAAGACCUCGCGAUGAUGGCAAUCCUAGGCGCUGCGAGCACCGCAUACAUGUCUCGGGGCAGGCUGUGGGACAAGCCAGAUCCCUAUCAUUAUAAGUGGUUCGAGAGACCGCAAGAACAGAUGGGUGGUAAGGCACGUGCUCAACAAACUCGCAACAUCAUGGAGAAGCUUGAGGAAACUGGAGCCGAUUUGGUCAUCUUCUGGGGCUCGCAGAGCGGAACGGCGGAGCGCAUGGCCAGUCGUCUCGCCAAAGAGUUUCAUCAGCGCCUCGGCCUCAAGAGUCUGUCAAUCGAUGCAUCCGACUACGAGCCGUCCUCUAUCGCACAGAUACCAGCGACCAAGAUUUGUGUGUUCAUUGCCUCGACCUUCGGGGAGGGUGACCCAAGCGACAAUUUACAUUCGUUCUGGGAAUGGAUUCACACUGCUUCGGACAAGUGUCUAUCGAACCUCAGAUAUAUGGCUUUCGGCCUCGGGAACUCGUACUAUAAGCAUUACAACGAGGUCAUCAAAGUCGUCGUUGAACGCCUGAAUGCCCUUGGUGCCCAAGCGUUGAUGGCAACUGGAAUGGCAGACGAUGCAAAAGGCGAGACUGAGGAACACUUUCUCGAAUGGAAAGAGCGAGUCAUCCAUACGUUCAGCACAAAAUUAGGCUACACCGAGCGCGAUCCCGUGUACGAGCCAUCGCUGAAAGUAUUCGACGAUGAAUCGCUCGAGCCCAUCGAUCUCCAUCAUGGCGUACCUUCGAAUAAUGCUGCCUCUAGCAAGGGAAACACCGGCAUGUCUGCUGUGUAUUCACUUCCUGUGAAGACGACUAGGGAACUGUUUCAGGAUUCAGAGCAUCGCAACUGUAUCCACAUAGAGGUCGAUCUCAAUGAACAUCCCGAGCUGAGAUACAAGACUGGCGAUCAUCUCGGCGUCUGGCCCAUCAAUCCGGAUAUCGAAGUCGGCAGACUCCUACACGUGCUUGGUUUGACUGAGCGACCACGGGUGCCGAUCACCAUCUUAUCUUUAGAUGAUGACGUGAAGGUCAAAAUUCCUACACCCACCACUCUGGAGGCUUUGCUCGGUCACUACCUAGAGAUAUGUGCUCCCAUCUCGAGAGGCACGAUUGCCUCACUCCUGCAGUUUGCACCCACACGUGCCAUCAAAGACUUUCUGGCACCAUUGACUGACAAAAGAAAAUUUGCCAACUUUACCGGCUCGAGGUAUAUCAAUUUGGGAAGACUUCUCGAGCUGACCACCAAAGAGGAAGGCGUCUGGAGCGCGCUUCCACUAUCGUUUAUUGUCGAGACUUUGCCCGUGAUGCAACCAAGAUAUUACUCUAUUUCUUCAUCCUCGGCCGUCACCCCAAGAACUGCAGCCCUUACAGUUGUCAUUUCUGACACUGUCUUGAACGGUCCAGCUGAACGCAUACCCGGCCUCUCCACCAACUAUCUUUUGGCUCUCAAGACGUCGUUGGCGCGUGAUGAUGAUUCAAAAUCUCGCGGCCGAAACCUCGAUUAUUCUCUCAAUGGUCCUGAAGACUCGCUGGUGGGCGGCCGUAUCCAUGCUCAUGUCCGCAAUUCCAACUUCAAGCUGCCGGUGUCAGCCUCGCACCCAAUAAUUAUGAUCGCGGCAGGUACCGGCAUUGCACCUUUCCGAGCUUUCUUGCAGGAACGCGAACGCAUGCAAGCGAUGGGCAAAGAAGUGGGGACCAUGCUUCUCUUUUUCGGCUGCCGUAACCCACACCAAGAUCUUAUAUAUGCAUCCGAGCUGGCAGAGUUGCAGAAGCAAUUCAGCGGCAUUUUCAGACUGGUGGUUGCAUUUUCUCGUGCUGAUGACGAACGCGAGAGAGCAUAUGUUCAACAUCGCGUUGCUGAGCACGCAGAGACAGUGUGCAAGCUACUCGUCGACGACAAUGCAAAUUUAUAUAUUUGCGGUUCAGCAGCCAUGGCGAGGGAUGUGUCUAAUACCAUCAAUCAGGAGUUAUGUGGAAGGUUUCAGUGGACGGAGGAGGACUGCAGAGGUUUUGCCGAUAAGCAAAAGAAAUUCAAAAGAUGGCAGCAGGAUGUUUGGGGGUGA